AUGACCAACGAGAAGAAAAGAGGAAGGGCUCCGGCUAUAUGUUCUCUAGGCCUUUUGGAAGAUAGAUUUGUUCUUUCAGCCGCAUCCAUGCAAGUGUACAAAACAGGUGAUACGGUGGCCAUCAAGGGAGUGAACACUGUUCAAAAUGAAAUGCCCCACAAACGUUACCAUGGCAAAACUGGAAAAGUCUACAAUGGUACCCAGCAUGCUGUUGGCAUUGCUGUAAACAAACAAGUUAAGGGCAGGAGGCUUGCCAAGAGAAUCGAUGUGCGUAGUGAGCAUAUUAAGCACUCUAAGAGCAGAGAUAGAUUGCUGAAGCCUCUGAAGGAAAAGGACCAGAAAAAAAGGAAGCCAAAGAGAAGUUACUUGGGUUCAACUGAAGUGCCUGGUGGCUCCAUCCAAGAAGCACACUUUGUGAGAACCAACAGAAAGGAGCUUAAGCUGCUGAAACCCACUCCCUACAAAUUCAUGGCAUGA